AUGGAACAGGCCAGCACGAGUGGCAUGGAACAGGCCAGCACGAGUGGCAUGGAACAGGACAGCACGAGUGGCAUGGAACAGGACAGCACGAGUAGCAUGGAACAGGCCAGCACGAGUGACAUGGAACAGGACAGCACGACUGGCAUGGAACAGGACAGCACGAGUGGCAUGGAACAGGUCAGCACGAGUGGCAUGGAACAGAAUAGCACGAGUGGCAUGGAACAGAAUAGCACGAGUGGCAUGGAACAGAAUAGCACGAGUGGCAUGGAACAGAAUAGCACGAGUGGCAUGGAACAGGCCAGCAUGAGUGGCAUGGAACAGGACAGCACGAGUGGCAUGGAACAGGCCAGCACGAGUGGCAUGGAACAGGACAGCACAGGUGGCAGCUUAACUCAACCUACGGAACAGACCAGCAUGAAUGGCAGCUUAACUGAACCCACGGAUCAGGCCAGCACGAGAGGCAGCUUAAAUAAACCCACAGAACAGGCCAGCACGAGGGGCAGCUCAGCUCAACCCAUGGAACAGGCCAGCACGAGGGGCAGCUUAACUCAACCCAUGGAACAGGCCAGCACGAGGGGCAGCUCAGCUCAACCCAUGGAACUAGCCCUAGCAACUACCAGACAGCACCCUGCAGAAGCCCUCAGGAUGCAUAGACAGUUUCUUGUUGACAGGAAGAAAUAA